UCGGGGGUUUGUGCGCGUGCGCAGAGUUGGGAUGGCUGCUGGAGAGGGUCCUGCAGAGUUGGAAGCGAGAUCGGGAAGAAAAGAGCAAAGCAUGGAAGGGAAUGCAAAAACAUUCUGGAGGCACAUGGAAGACCAUGAAGUGGACUUGGUGUUUGAACAGCUGCAGAAGUUGGUGUUGGCCCUGAAGCAGAAGAUCAAGGGUGGGACAGCAACCGAGGAAGAAUGCUUCCAAGCUCUGGCGCUCGUGAACCAAGCAAACCUGACGGCCUUCUUAACCCUGCCAAAUGUAAACAAAGUUAAGGAAGAUACCCAGAAAUGUGAACUUGAUUUACAACUUUCUCCAUCAACUGAAACUACAGAUAGCUCCGGAGAUAAUUUUUCUUUAAUGGAGGUGACAGCUGCAAGGGAUAGAGGAGAACCAGCCGGAGCGGCGGAAGCGCCUUCGCGACGGCCCUGUCGACCUCACACCUGCUCUCAGGAAUGCCUUGUCAAAAGGCCGUGGAGCUCGUACAAGGGUGGGAACCCUCUGAACCUGCCCCUGCUGUGUCGCUUCCGCAGAACGCACAUGAAACCAGACCUGCCUUCCAAGAUGCUGGAUGUGGUCUACAGAGCCCCCUGCGGAAGGUCCCUGAGAAAUUUCAAAGAGGUUCAGGAUUACUUGCUGCAAACUGAGUGCCGCUUCUUGUUUCUGGAUCAGUUUUCUUUCAACACGUACGUCCAAGUGUUUAGAAACUAUCCCAGUCGGAAAGGAUUGGUGUUUGACUUUGAUAUCAGCAAGGGAGCAGAGUCAACGCCCGUUUCCUUUUGCAAUGAGGCCAACCAGGAGCGACUGCCUUACUUUAAGUACCGGAAGACCUCUUGGCCACGUGGUCUCUUCUUGAACAAUUUAUCGAGCAUGUUUCGUGCCUCGUGCAGUUGCACUGAUGGCUGCACGGAUACGACAAAAUGUGCCUGCCUGCUUCUGACUCAGAAGAGCUGCACUGAAGCUUCUGUAUCUCCAAGAGGGGAAUCCUUACAUGGGUACAAGUAUAAGAGGUUGGACGGGCCCAUUGCCAGUGGCAUUUAUGAAUGCAACUUGUCGUGCAGCUGUGACAAGAUAAGGUGCCAGAAUAGAGUCGUCCAGCACGGCCUGCAGGUUCGGCUGCAGGUCUUCAGCACCGAGAAGAAGGGCUGGGGAGUGCGUUGCCUGGAUGACAUCGACAAAGGGACGUUUGUUUGUACGUAUGCAGGCAGGCUAAUGAGCAGAGCGACGCCGGGGCAGCCUGAAGAUGGGGGUUGUAUUGCCGAAGCAGAAAAUACAGAGAACACUGACAGGAACCAUGCCUUAUCUCCAAGAAAGAGAAAAGUGGAUUCGGUCUGUUCUGAUGCUGAGAUCGAAUUUGUCACGACCAGGAAAGACAGUGCCAAUGGGAAGCAUGAACCUUUGCCUGUAGAAGCUCAAAGCCCUCCAAAUGUAAUUCAGAAUUGUGGUUAUGAGGACUGGAACUGGAGAAACGAAGAUAAAAAAAGGACACAAACCCGGACGUCAGUUCUUCCGCAUCAGCAGAGAUCUGUGGGAAUCUCUGAGGCCGCUUCUUCUGAAGAUGAAAGUCUCGUAUGCCAAACGCCUGCAAGGAGAUGCCUGAUCACGGGAACAACGAAGUGGGGUGAAAAACCAAGCAUGCGAGGAGAGUUAAGAGAACCAACAAAUGCUGGACUAUCGGAAACGAAUGCAGACUCCCCUGAAAAGAGCCCCCUUUCCAGUACCAGUCUGCCCGGUAAGCCUGUUGUACUGGAUGACAAAAUCAUUAAAAAGCAAUGCACGGACCUGUUCUGGACAGACGGCACCCAUGAAGGAAAAAACGAGAGAAGCGGACAAGAAUUUGCUCGUAAGGAGGCCAUGGAUGGCAACGAGUCUCAUGUAAAACAGUCCAACAGAGAGGAUCUUUGUUUGCUGGAUGCCACCAAGGAAGGCAACGUGGGCAGAUUUCUUAACUUCAAUAGAAAUAGCAACUUCAGUUUUGAGCGGGUGUCAGGUCUUGCCAGCGAGGCGAGAGGUGGAGCUCGGGGCGGCGCCGCCUAUGACGGGCUCGGGCCGCCGGGCCUGGCAGGAAGGGGCAGGCGCUGUGAGGAGACCCCCUCGGCCCCGCGAGGAGCCGCCGCGGCUUGCCCAGGAAGGAGCGGUGAGUGCCCGCGAGGGAGGGAUGCCAGCGCCGGGUCGCCCCGGCCACGGAGGGAGCCUCGGCCUGCUCCGGCCGCCGCCGCCUUCACCUCCGUGGCCAGCCCCCGUGGACUUCCCGCCUCCCUCCAUCUCCGAAGGAGACCCGAGACCGCUUUGCGGGAGAGCCGCGGGGAUGCCUCAGCCUUCCCGCUCGUUGGGAGGGACGGGCUGGACCGGGGCCUUCCGAAGGAGUGCGGUAGCGCCAUAAAGAUAAUUGCGAAGAUGUUAAAAAGACAAUGUGCGUUUUGCCCAGAGGACGAAGAGUGUUCCAUUAUGUAUAUUGCUGAAGGACAGAAUCUGGCAGUUCAUCAAGAUUGCUUGUUAUAUUCCUCUGGAUUUGUGGAAUCUGAAGAACAUAAUCCUGAAAACUCUGAUAUAAGGUUUGAUGUAGACUCAGUAAUGAAUGAAAUAAAGAGAGGAAGGAGGCUGAUGUGUAAUUAUUGUCGCAAGAAAGGAGCCACCGUUGGGUGCGAGAUAAAACACUGUCGCAGGAGUUACCAUUAUUUCUGUGCGCUGUGUGAUGAUGCUGCAAUAGAAACAGACACAGUAAAUGGCAUUUAUCGAGUGUUCUGUCCAAAUCAUGACCCAAAUAGGAAGACCAAUCUUUAUGAAGAAGACAAUAAGAUGGAAAAGCCACCCAUUACAAUGAAGUCUUCGUGUGUUAGGAAAAAAAUGCAGAGAAAGGAGACGAUUGCGGAGGACAGCCUACAAGCCUUCAGGAAAAACCCAGACCGGCAGAAAGUCAGAGUAGAAUUUUUGAGGAAGUGCAAGCAGGCCGGGCUUCUUGAUGGCCUCUUCGAAGAGAUGCUGGACACUCUUCACCUAGCGCAGCAAAAGCUGAUGAGCGACAACACUCCAGAAGCAGAAUAUGAAGAGACAGUAAUAUCCCUGUUUGAUUGCGGCCUGUUUGAAAAUAUCCUCGCAAAUGCCCAUUUUGGAACAGAAGAGAAAAUUCAGGAACUACUGGAAACACGGAAAAGACUGGAUACCCAGAUAGAGCUUCUAAAAGAUUUGAAAGUAGUACUGCCUGCCCCAGAAGAUGCGGCGAGUGCAUCUAGCUGUACCUCUGAAUAACUGACAUCUCUUUGCAGCACAGCUCCCAUAUUUUCUUUCAGCUUCAGAAUACACAGGCAAUCAUUUACCAGCUGGCUUUUUAUACCUCUUUUGUGAUAACUGGCCCUUCCUGUGACUUGGGACAGACAGGUUUUUACUGAAAAACUCAAAAUCAUUUUGUACGCCAGCUGCCGUCUCCAGCAUCACUGCUGCUUCUUCCUUCCAUCUACCAACAGGCAGUCUGCUGUUUACCACAUUCUGUCUUAUGGCCACUUGUAGAAGAUGGCACCGACCAAUCGCCUUGGCCCUCCAGGUUCUUCACAAAUGCCACAGCCCCACUCUCCAUUUCUGUAGUUUGCAGCAGAGACUCUGGCAAACUGCUCAUGCUGUGGCACUUGGUAACUUUCUGCUACUGCCCUAUACUACUUUUAAGUUCUGCUCCUCAGGACCCACUGACAGGUUUUAACAGAGGUGAAUUAUGCUCGUGUGACUGUCCAAAGAGAAAUGCUCAAAUCUUGCACUUUUUACAUGUGGUUUUAUAGAAUAAAAAAUGUAAAAGUUCAAGUGGUUGUAACUGUGGUUGAGGGCAGGACAUUAGCUGGGUAUGGAUCCCAGCAAUGGCUUAGCCUCAUCUUAUUAAAAUGUGCUGGAAAAAAAAAUCAAGAAGUUUACAAGUAUAGGCAUUUCUGUAUAUCCAGGAUUGCUUGAAUACUGAUACGUUGUUUACUUACCCAAAAUUGCAAAAUGUUUAAUAAAAGAUUUUUAUUAUAAAAGU